UUUGAUAGUCAGCGUUACACGUACGUAGGUGUUCACUGUCCUUCACUAUGUGCAGCCUGUUUAUGAAAAAAAUUCGAAGAAAUUACAGGAGUAAAGCUGGUGAUUCAGACGAUGAGCAAAGUCAGGAGUCUGAAAGCUUAUAUGAUGAAGCCGUUAAAGAAAUAACGUCUCAAAUUAAACCUGAUGUAUCGUCAAUCAAGAAGAACAAGAGCGUUUUAAGUUUCGAGGAUGAUCUUGACCCAGAUGAUGGUGACACAUUUAAAGUUAAGAAAUCUUCAAUGAGUCGUAAGAUUACUAAACAAACGAAAGAAAGUAAAAAGAAGAAAAACCAUGGAAAUGACGGCUUAAAGAUAGUCGGUGACUUUCAUAAGAAUUUAGUUUCAUAUGAGGAAAGCUCUCCUGAUCCCGAAGAAAAUCUUGAGAAUUUAAGAAAAGAAUUAUUGAAUUUAGCCGAAGAUGAAACAACCUCUGAAGUAGUUCCAUCUGUGAAAUCCGAACCCAGCAAUGUGACUUCAAUGAUAAAGCAGGGUGUAAUCCCUGAUGCGGCAACAAUACAUUUGGCUCGUAAACAACGUGAGAAAGCUAAAAGUCUCAUUGAAUCAUCUGAUCAUUCACCUACCUAUUAUUCAUCUAGUAAAAAUGAUGGUAAACGUUUAGUGAGAGAAGAUGAUGACGAUGAUGAGUUGAAUGAUGAUGAAGAUGCCAGUGAUAUGACAACUGUCUCAUUUUCAAACUCUGCCAGUGAAAUGAGACCAGUUUUUGUUGUCAGUAAAGACCGUGAAACUUGUAGUAAACGCGCAGUUAUAGGUGCUCGUUUGAAUCGUCGUGAAGAAGAAUUGAAAUGCAUUCGAGAAGAUUUCAUGGCAGCUGAACAUGGUAGUGAUCGAGACAGUGAUCAAGAGAUUGAAUGGGAAAGACAACAACUUCAAAAGGCUAUUAUUAAUCAAAAUCCUGCUGUUUUAGAAGCUAUUCAACCAAUUCUUGGUACUGAAGAUUCUAAUAAUACUACAACAUCUGCAGAUAGUACUAUACUUGGUGGAUUAAAUGUUACAGAUAUAACAUUGCCAAAAUUAAAAGAUAAUUUACAAGAGAAAUACAAUAAGUUGAAUGAAUCACUAACGAAGCAUAAAACAUCAUUAGAAGAGGCGAAACGUGAUUUAGAACGUGGCAAGAUAAUAAUUGCAGAUGCUCGUGAAAAACUUCCUAACUUAGCAAAACAAUUUAUGUUUUAUCAAGAAAUGAAAGAUUAUAUUGAUGAUUUAAUAUCUUGUUUUAAUGAAAAGAUGUCAAAAAUAGAAUAUCUAGAGAAACGUUCUAUUAUAAUAUUUCGUGAACGUUAUGACAAAUUAGUUGAACGUCGACGUAUGGAUAUGAAAGAUAUGGGGGAUACAGUAUCUCAGCCAACUAUAUCAUCUACAUGUACAUCUAGAACACCUGAAGAAGUAAAAAUUUUUGAAGCCAGACGUAAAAGAUGUGCUGAACGAGAAUCCCGACGAAUACGACGUCAACGUGCUAGAGAAUUACAAAAUCCUAAUGUCAUACAAGUUCACAUUGAUGGAACUAGUACGGAUGAUGAAGAACCACAGGCUACAAUUGUUAAACGUUCAGCUGAUAUAGACGCUUUACUAGUAGAUGCAAAUGCUUUAUUCGAAGAUGUUGUUGAAGAAUUUUGUGAAUUACCAUUAAUCCUUGAAAGAUUUAUAGAAUGGCGUAAUAAAUAUCCUGAAUCAUAUCAACAAGCUUAUGUAUCAUUGUGUUUACCACAAUUAUUUAGUCCUAUAAUACGAAUUCAAUUAAUCGGUUGGAAUCCUUUAAGUAAUCAUGCUGAUCCGAUUGAAGAAAUGAAAUGGUUUCAAGAUUUGUUAGACUUUUGUAACCUUCCAUCAGUUGACAAUAAUAAAAAUACAAAGUCAACUAUUUUAAAUAGUAAUAAAACUGAUAAAAGCAAUAAUAAUAAUAAUGAAAAUAAAAAUGCCAGUAAUAAUAAUAAUAACUUGGAUAAAACUGCUGGUAAUCUUGAUGAUGAUCUUCGUAUAAUACCAAAGUCAAUUGAAAAGAUUGUUUUACAACGAAUAAAUGAACUAGUCUGCGCUUCAUGGGAUCCUUUAUCAGAGAAACAAUCUUUACAACUUGUCAAUUUAAUGCAUAAUUUAUGCUCAACUUAUCCAACGAUUUGUAUUGGUAGUCGUCCAACAGAAAAAUUAUUCACUUCCAUUGUUAAACGUAUUGAAAAUACAAUACAAGAAGAUAUUUUCAUACCACUCUAUUCAAAAACUCUAAUGCAACAUCGUCAAGGUCCAGCUUUCAUAUUCUUCGAACGUCAAUUUAACAUGGGAUUAAAGCUCUUAAAAAAUAUUCUACUAUGGUCAAAUCUAUUGAGUAUAGAUACAUUAAAACAUAUUACUCUUACUUGUUUAAUAAAUCGUUAUCUUUUAGUUGGAUUAGCUUGUUUAUUAUCAGUUGUUACACUUAAAUCAAAUGAUGAUAAAUCUAAUCUCAUAAUGAAUUCAUCAUUUCCAACUAGUUUAUCAUCAAUUGAUCAAUCAGGUUCAUUAGCUUUUCGUGAUGCUGUACAAAAAUUAAAAAUGAUAGUUGAUUUAUUACCUCAUGAAUGGUUGAAAUUAUCAAGUCCUUCAAUAAAACGAGAUGACGAUGAUCGUGGUCAUGAUGAUGAUGAUGAUGAUGGUGAAUCUUCAACAAAAGUUUCAUUCACUGGAGUUUCAGAUCCACUUAAUCAAAUUAAAAGAUUUUUAACACAAUUAUUAGAAAAUAUACCACCGACUCGAAUGUAUACAGAUAUUACUGUUGGUCAAGCAGAUAUUCAAAUCAUUGAACGGGAAUGCAUGGGAACUUUGUUACAACUAAGAGAUUUAUUGAAGAAUUGAUCCUAUAUCCAUGAUAUGAAACUUACAUUAAAUUCAAGUGUAUGUAUUUGUGUGUAUCUGCAUAUAUGUACAUAAUUUGUUUUAAUAAUUUCAUAAAUGAGUUUUGGAAACAAGAAUUUAAAGGUAAUUCCAUCCACAAAUACAUGUGAACUUGUAAAAUAAAAAAAAAGUACUGAAGAUUCCUUUUUACUGCGUCGUUUUUUUUCUUUUUCUGAAUAUUAUAUAUAUAUAUAUAUAUAUAUUUCAGUGGUUGAAAUCAUAAGUCAAUUGAAGCUAGACCACCAUGGAAAACCUGGAAGCACUGGACGACCAUUUCGUCCUAGUAUGAGACUUCUCAGCAGUGCGGGGGCAGGACCGUGGAUGCGCACUACUGAAGAGUCCCAAAAUAGGACAAAACGUCCGUCCAGUGCUUCCAGGUUUUCCAUGGUGGUCUAGCUUCAAUUGACUCAUGAUUUCAACCAGUGAGACUUAUAAAAAUCUCCACAAAACCCAUUCUGAUAAUAUAUAUAUAUAUAUAUAUAUAUAUAUAUAUAUAUAUACAUUGGGUUGUGUGUAGUGUUCUCCUGUCUCUGGUUGUACUAUCAAUCAGUAUCUAACGUGUUUGAAUUAUCUGUCCAGACUUGUUAUUAUUUUUAUUCGAUUUUAUGAUAUCCUCUAUUUUAUUAUGAUUAAACAAUGACAUUGGUGAAUUAACAAUAAUGAAGUUUUAUAUGUUGAUUUUAUUACGAAUGAAAAAGAAAAGCACUACGUAAUAGCGUUGUUACUUGCUUACAGUUCGUGUUAUUUUACGAUAGUUUUAUGUGAU